GCAGGGCCGGCCUCUGAGCCCCGCCUCUGCAGCCGCGCUCCAUCCUCCGCGCCAGAUCCCGAGGACUGGCCGGAUCCCGCCUUCCCCGCUGGGAACGGAGAGGGUUCGGGUUAGAGUUGCCAGAAGCUCAGCUGUGCUCAGAUGGAUAGGGCAGAGACCCGGCAGCGGAGGCUGGAAGGCUUUGACAGGCCAGAGGAACUUGGCCUGCCACACACCCAGAGCCCAGGAAGACCUAUUGCAGCCACAGAAGAUGGACCUUGGACUAUUCCUGACAGCCAAUGGGUGGCUCCCAAACAACUCGGGACUGAGCUUAGCAAGGAGACCAUGUUGUCCAUUGGUGUUCAGGUGACACUGCCCUUCCUGUUUGCAGGCCUGGGGCUGUCUAUGGCUGGCGUGCUUUUGAACUAUUUCCAGCACUGGCCUGUUUUUGUGGAGGUGAAAGACCUUCUGACGUUGGUGCCACCUCUGGUGGGCCUGAAGGGGAACCUGGAGAUGACGCUGGCUUCACGACUGUCCACGGCUGCCAACACUGGACAAAUCGAUGAUCCUCAAGAGCAGCACAGAGUCAUCGGCAGUAACCUUGCCCUUGUUCAGGUUCAGGCCACCAUCGUGGGGCUCUUGGCUGCUGUGGCUGCCCUGCUGCUGGGAGCGGUGUCCAGUGAGGAGGUGGACUUUGCAAAGAUGGGGCUGCUGUGUGCCAGCAGUGUCCUCACUGCCUUUCUCGCCUCCUUGGCCUUAGGAAUACUGAUGGUCUGUAUAGUGAUUGGAGCUCGGAAGUUCAGGGUCAACCCAGACAACAUCGCCACACCCAUUGCAGCCAGCCUAGGAGACCUCAUCACACUGUCCAUUCUGGCUUUGGUUAGCAGCUUCUUCUAUAGACACAAAGACAGCUGGUACCUGACCCUGCUGGUCUGUGUGGCCUUUGUCGCUCUGACUCCAGUGUGGGGCAUCAUGGCCAAGCAGAGCCCACCUAUCAUGAAGAUCCUCAAGUUCGGGUGGUUCCCCAUCAUCCUAGCAAUGGUCAUCAGCAGUUUUGGAGGGAUCAUCCUGAGCAAAACCGUCUCUGAACCACAGUACCAAGGCAUGGCCAUCUUCACCCCCAUCAUAUGUGGUGUUGGUGGCAAUUUGGUGGCCAUUCAGACCAGCCGGAUCUCUACCUACCUGCACAUUUGGAGCACACCUGGCGUCCUGCCCCUCUGGAUGAAAAAAUUCUGGCCUAACCCAUGCUCUACCUUCUGUUCCUCAGAAAUCAAUUCCAUGUCAGCCAGAGUCCUGCUCUUCCUGGUGAUUCCAGGCCAUCUGAUUUUCUUCUUAGUUAUCUACCUGAUAGAAGGUCACUCGGUCACAAGCAGCAAGACCUUUGUGGUGCUGUAUCUGCUAGCAAGCCUGAUCCAGGUGACAAUUCUGCUGUACCUGGCAGAAGUGAUGGUUCGUGUGACUUGGCACCAGGCCCUGGAUCCUGACAGCCACUGUAUCCCCUACCUUACAGGGCUGGGAGACCUCCUGGGGACUGGCCUGUUGGCACUCUGCUUCCUUCUUGACUGGCUAUUAAGGAGCAAAGCAGAGCUCGAUAGCCUCUCAGAACUGGUGUCUGUACCUCCCUAACUGAACCUGCCCAGCCCCAGUUGCUCAGUAGAAUUUUCCUUCUCCCUCCCUUUCUGGGGACUCAGGAUGGAUGGCUGACACUUUGCCUCUCCAGUGGCCCUUUGUCAGUCCGCUCACAUGCAUCGACUGUGGAGUUGAUCCCUGAGCCCAGGAUGGAGCCCUGAAAUCAGAAGCAUUGUUUUGUGAGUGUGUGAAUGCAAGCAGGUGUGCCUAGGCAUUAGUGUGUCCCUGUGCCUGGGUGAGUGUGUCAAUGAGGGUGGACACGUGUGGGGAACAGGGUGGUCUGGCCUGAAGAAGCUGGAAGAAGAGGCACAUCUGCUCUACUUUGAGGGGUGUGUCUGCACUGUCUCAGGCCUGUGCAACCUGGAUUGGGGUGGAGCAAGAGAUCCUUUCUGUCCCUGACCUAAGGGCAAUCUGAGUCAUGGCCGAGGCCCAGGCUCCAUGGGCCCCCUGCAGGUGUGCCCUGCAGUGUGUGCAGCCCUUCCCAGAUGGGGCCUUGCACACCCCUCAUCUACUCCCAGUAGAUUCCUACAUUUCUUUUCACUAUAUUUUUUUCCUUUUUUUUUUUUUUUAAUGUGUUUAUUUGUUUUUUAGCAAAAACCUCUGUCUAGAUUUCAGUGAUCAGAGAGGAGUAAAAUAAAACAUAGAUUAUAUAGUACUUGGUCUUUUGUGUCUUUAAAGAUGGUUAAUGGGACCAUGAGACUUGGGGUCCAUAAGUAGCAAAAGCCUCUGACAUUUCUCUAGUUCAGUGUUUCUCAGUGUAAUCUCCAGUCUAGAUACAUCAACAUCACCAGAAAACUUGUUAGAAAUGCGAAGUAUCCCACACUCCUCCAGCCCUACCAAAUCAGAAUCUCUGGCGGCGGGGCCCAGCAAUCUGAAUUCAACAAGCCUUCCCGGUAAUUCUGAUGUGCAGUCAUGUUUGAGGACCCUGCUCCAGUAUCUCAUCCUUAAAAGUGUCUGCUUCCUGUUUCUUAUUAACCCAUCAAAACAACCUUAUCCAUGGUCUGGAGUGAGGAUUAUUAUCUUCCUAUGAUAAAACAGACUAAGACAAAUGAGGUGAUUUCAUCCAUUCAACAAAUAUUGACACAGAACCUCUUGUAUCAGUCAGGGUCCCAGAAGGAUAUAGAUGACAAACUCAACUGGAGCAAUUGGACAGUUGAAGGAAGUAACGGUUUACAAAUAUGUAGGCAGAUAGUAGAAAACAAUAAAGGGUGGUGCAGCACCCUGAGGCUGGACACAGUGGGGGAAUCAUAGCUACACUUAGGCCUAUAAAAGCAAGGUAUGCAUUCACCUGAACUGGAGGAUAGUAGCAUAAGGGUUGCCUGACAGGAUCAGUGGUCUCUAAUAAAGAAACAGAGCCACUACCAGUUUGUGGCCUGGCAGGGAAAGAGUCAGGGUAGUCUCAACCUCCUUCUCUGCCCUCCCUUUCAUCUUCUGCCAGUGUCUCCCAUUGGCCAAACUCAACCAGAAGCCCAAAAACCAGGGAGCCUGUGGAUUGUCCAUAGAGGUUGACCUCCUGGGGCACAGAGCCAGGCAAAGGUGAGGAGUGGAGAAUAUCCAGCACACAAGAUGCCAAGACCUGGUGUAGAUCCUGGUGAUACACUUGUAGGCAAAGCACUCAUCAUCCGUAUCUCAAAGGUCUAUGGGGAGAGAGAGUCACUAAUAACAUCACAUAAAUAAGUAUUAAACUCCAGCUCUGAUAAGUCCUGCAAAGCAGAAGCACAUGGUGUUGUGAAAGCAUGUAGUAAUGAGAGAGAAGAUUUAUCAAGCACUUAACUAUAUGGCUGGCCAUGUUCUAAGCACUUAACAUGUGUUAGCUCAUUAUUAAUAUUAGCCUCACAAAAACUUGAUGAGAUAGAUAUUGUUAUCAUCCCCAUCUAUAAAUGAGGAAACUGAGACAUAGACAGGUUUCUUAACUCUCUUAUGGCGAGUGAGUGGUGGAGCCAGGAUUUGAACUCAGGCAGUCUGGCUCAGAUCCAAGCUAUUCAGGUACUAAAGAGAUUUGACCAAGACAGAAUGAGAAUGUCCAUUCAUUGUGAAGAAUAUAACCAAUAUCACUGAACAAUUUGUGUGGAAAUUGUUGAUUGGGAACCUAAACUGUUAAUGUAAACUUUCACUGAAAACACAAUAAAAUAUUAUUUUUUAAAAAGUGACAAAAUUUCUUUGAGAAAGUGAAAGAUCUAAUGAGACGUCAUUACAAAAGUAACGCAACUGAAAAAAUCAAGUCGUUUUACUUGAGGAUGAGUUGUCUUUUCUCUGGAGAACAUGCAUGAAAUGUGUUGCCUCUGUCUUUGCGAUCUCUUUAGCAUCUUGCCUGUGUGGCACACAUUCUGGUUUAAUAUUUAUUCAAUAAUAAAUGAGAAUAAUAAAUCAUCGUUUUCAUUCCCGUCUACCAUUGUGGAGAGGUUUUCUGGGUUGGAAGAAGGUUUUCUUUUAAUUAUAUUUAAUUAAAGUCAACGCUUUCUAUUCACCAAAGUUACAGUAAAAUAUUUAAAAAGUAAAUAUAGGUGUUAACAUGAUUGUAAACCCUUACCUGUCCAUCAUUUUGUCAUACUGUGGUGGUUUGUGUGUUGCUAUGUGCUGGAAUCUAUGCCGCUGGUGUUUUAAAUACGAGUAGGGUCAUCCAUGAUGGCCAUGUUUCAGCAGAGCUUCCAGACUAAGACAGACUGGGAAGAAAAAUUAUCCAGUGAGAACCUUAUCCAUCAUUGUCCAACUCUCUUGCUUUGGACAUAUCAUCAUGGGGGAUCGAUCGCUACAGGAGGACAUCAUGUUUGGUGAAGUAGAAGGCCAGUGAGGGUGUGGGAGACCCUCAGUAAGGUAAAUUGGCACAGUAACUGCCACAAUGGACUCGAACAUGCUGGUGAUUGUAAGGAUGACACAGGACUGGGCAACGUUUCGUUCUGUUGUACAUAAGGUCUUCGUGAUCUGGAGUCGACUCAAUGGUAGCUAAGAGAACAACAUGAUUUUUAAAAUCUUAACUCUUUCAAAAGCGAGAAGACUUGGCUCUAUUGAACAACCAAGGACAUGAUAAAGUCAGCAUAUAAGACACAGAAUUUUUGCCUUCUAGGAAGAUUACUCAGAAAGUAAAGAUAACCUGUUAUAACUUCUUACUAAGAGCAAGGCAGUAAUUCAAGAAAAUUUUGUCAUUGUAACAGAAAACCAAAUUCUAGUUUUGCCUUAGUAUAUUUGAUACCAGAACUCUUUUAAAAUCUUAUAAAUAAAGCUAUCAAAUCUUAGCUAGCUUUGACCAUAAGAAAUAACAUUCCUUUCCACAGCCUUUCUGUAUCCAUUCAGAUUUUGUCCUAUACUUUCCUCAUUCUCAUUCUGGAACAGCCAGUUAUUUUACUUUAGGACUUUAUACUCUUUUGCCUUAACAAAACACAUCCUACCUGCCUUGUGUACUUAAUCUAGACUAAAUCCAAUAUUUUAAGUUACCAAAAAGACAUUGGAAACUGUUUUUAAAGCAACAUACUACAAAACAUAAUUACUGCUUAGAUAAACUUUUGUAAGAAUAAACUCACUUUCAUGGAUUUCUGAGAACAUUAGGGAUAUCCAAUUUAUAUAAGCACUUAUUUAUUUCUAAACCAAUUAGAAUAGAGCCCCUUGAAGGAAUAUUAUAAUCUAAUUUGGUGAUAUUAUUCAGAGUUACGAAAAUAUUACAUAUACAUAGAUAUCAUAUACAUACCUGUAUAAAUAUACAUACAGACACAAACGGCCCAUAAAUUUAAUUCCAAAAUUGCAGCCAUAAAUCAGGCAUAAGUGCAGAAAUAAAAAAUUCACUGGUGCAUAUAAGAGAGUGGGCUUUCAUUCUCAUCCCACACUUACAUUUUUACCAGUAUUGUUUUUGUAUCAGAUGGGAUAAGUUGAGGUUACCUGCUCAAUAUGAGGGUUGAAAUAUCCCCAACAAUUGUGAAGGAGACCAAUGAGAUAUUCCCUGCCAUACGUACAAUUUUCUACAGACUGUGGACUCAAUUUUGGUGAGGGACUGAGGAUUUGGGUUAUGGUAAAUGUUCGGUUUAGGUUUAGUGUUAGGGUUAGAGUUAUGGUACAGGAUAGAGUUAGUUUAGGCUUAGGGUUAAGACUAGGACUAGGUUUAGGGUUAAAUGUAGGUAUAUGGCAAAGGUUAAGAUGAGGUUCGUGUUUGGUUUUAGAUUUAGGGUUAGGGUUAAGUCUAGGGUUAUGGUUAGAGCAAAUUGGGUUAGGGCUAGGGUUAGUGUUACGGUUUGGGUUAGAUAAAGGGUUAUGUUAAGGGUUAAGGUUAAAUUUAGGGUUAUGGUUUGAUUUAAGCCUAGGUCUGUUGAGGGUUAGGGAAAGAUUAGGGCAAUGGUUAUGUUAGGAUUAAAAUUAGGGUUGACUGACACAACACUGCACAGAUUCUCCCAUGCAAGUACGUAUAGUCAAGAGAGUUAUCCUAGUCUGUAAAGUACACCAUGUCUUACAAGAACAGGAAUGUUCCCUGUACAUUUCUUUGAUUGAGAAGACUUUGUACAGAUUUUCUCAUUCAAGUACAAGAAAUCAAGAGUGUUAUCCUGUUUUUCAGAGGACAUCAUGUGUAACAAGGACGAAAAAGUUUACAGCACAUUCUUUGAGAGAAAUUUUUGCAUAGAUUUUCCUAUUCAAAUACAUGAAGUCAAGAGAGUUAUUCUGGUUUUUAAAGUGUAUCAUAUAUAAUAAGAAUGGGAAAGUCCUCAAUCCAUCCUUUGAGAAAACUCUUGGCACAGAUUUUCCCAUGCAAGUACAUGAAGUCAAGAGCAUUAUCCUGGUGUUCAUAGUAUAUCAUGUGUAAGAACAUUGUUUGAGAAAACUUUUUGCAUUGAUUUUCUUAUUGAAGUACACAAGUCAGUAGUUAUCCUGAAAUUAAAAAAAGAGCGAGAGUUAUCCUGGUUAUCAAAGUACAUCAUGUUUUAAAAGGACGCAGAAGUACCCAGCGCAUCCUUUGAUUGAGAAAUACUACACAGAUUUUCCAACUGAAGCGCAUGACAUGAAUUUAACAGCGUUUUCAAGUUCUUAAGGUACAUCGUGUAUAACAAAGACAUGAAAACUUCCCCUACAUUCUUGGACUGAGAAAACACUAAACAGGUUUUCCCAUUCAAGUACAUGAAGUCAAAAUAGUUUUCCAGGUUUUCAAAUUACGUCUUGUGUAAAGAGGAUGCGAAAGGUCCCAAAACAUUCAUUAAGUGAGAAAACACUACACACAUUCUGUCAUGCAAGUACAUGAAAUCAAAAGCAUCCUACUAUUCAAAGUACAUCAUGUAUUACAAGAAUGGGAAAAUUCUAAAUACAUUCUUUGACUGAGAAAACACACGUUCUCCCAUUCAAUUACAUGAAAUAAAGAGAGUUAUCCUGCUUUUCAAUGUACAUUGUGUAACAAGAAUGGGAAAGCUCCCAAUCCAUUCUUGGGCUGAGAAAACUCUUUGCACAGAUAUUGCCAUUCAAGUACAUGAAGUCAAGAGUGUUAUCCUGGUUUCCAACAUACAUCAUGUGUGAUAAGGACAUGAAAUUGCCACGUACAUUCUGUGAUUGAGAAAAUACUACAUAGAUUCUCCCCUUCAGUUAAAUGAAGUCAAUAUAGGUUUUCAAAGUAUGUCUUGUAUUGCAAGGAUGGCAAAAUUCCCAGUAUAUUUUUUGACCAACACAACACUACACAGAUUCUCCCAUGCAAGAAUAUGUAGUCAAGAGAGUUAUCCUAGUUUGCAAAGUACAAUGUGUCUUACAAGAACAGAAAAGUUCCCAACACAUUCUUUGACUGAGAAAACACUAUACAGAUUCUCCCAUUCAAAUACAUGUAAUAAAGAGACUUACCCUAAUGUUCAAUGUAAAUUGUGUGUAACAAGGAUGGAAAAGUUCCCAACCCAGUAUUUCACUGACAAAACUCUUUACACAGAUUCUCCCAUUUAAGGACAUAAAAUUAAGAGAGUUACCCUGGUUUUUAAAGUACAUCAUGUGUAAUAAGAAUGGGAAAGUUCUCAACCCAUUCUUUGGCUGAGAAAACUCUUUGCACAGAUUCUCCCAUGCAAGUACAUGAAAUCAAGAAUGUUACCCCAGUGUUCAUAGUACAUCAUGUGUAAGAACAGGAAAGUUCACAGCACACUGUUCGACUGAGAAGAAUUUUGCAUGGAUUUUCCUAUUGAAGUACAUGAAGUCAAGAGAGUUAUCCUGGUUUUCAAUGUAUAUCAUGUGUAACAAGGAUGCAAAAGUACCCAACACAUCCUUUGAAUGAGAAAUACUACACAGAGUUUCCAAUUGAUGCACAUUAAUUCAACAGAGUAUUUCAAGUUUUCAAGGUACAUAGUGUAUAACAAGGGAAUGGAAAUUUCUCAUACAUUCUUUGACUGAGAAAACUUUUUACAUAGAUUUUCUCAUUCAACUACAUGAAGUCAAGAGAGUUAUCCUGAUUUUCAAAGUACAUCAGUAUAACAAGGAUGAGAACUUGCCCAACACAUUCUUUGAAUGGAAAUGCAACAUAGAUUUUCUUCAGUACAAGUACAAAAAUCAAAAUAGUUUUCCAGAUUUUCCAAGUAAGUCUUGUAUUUCUUGGACGAGAGAGUUCCCAAAACAUUCAUUGACUGAAAAAUCACUACACAGACUCUACCAUUCAAGUAAAUGAAUUCUACAUAUGUUUUCAAAGUACAUCUUGUAUUGCAAGAAUGGCAAAGUUUCCAAUACAUUCUUUGACUGACACAGCACUACACAGACUCUUCCAUGCAAGUAGAUGAAGUGAAGAGAGUUAUUCUGGUUUCCAAGGUACAUUGUAAGUUACAAAGACAGGAAAGUUCCCAAUCCAUUAUUUCAGAUAAUACUAUGCAAGUUAUCCAUUCAAGGACAUGAAGUCAAGAGAGCUAUCCUGGUUUCAAAGUAUAUCAUGUGUAACAAGUACUGAAAAUAUCCAACACAUUUUUUGAGUGAGAAAUACUAAACAGAUUCUCCAAAUGAAGCAUAUGAAUUCAACAGAGUUUUUCAAGUUUUAAAGGUACCCCAUGGAUAAGAACAUGAAAAUUUCCCAUACAUUCUUCAAACGAGAAAACAGUACCAACAUUCUCCCAUGCCAGUACAUGAAUCAAGAGAGUUAUUCUGGAUUUCAAUGUACAUCGUGUGGAACAAAGAUGGGAAAGUUCCCAACCCAUUCUUUGAGUGAGAAUAUUCUUUGUACAUAUUUUACCAUUCAAGUGCAUGAAACCAAGAGAGUUAUCCUGAUUUCAAAAUACAUUGUGUUGUACAGAGACAAGAAAUCCAACCAAACACUAAUGUUAAAUUACCUCUACCACUAACUGUAACCCUAUUCGCAGCCCUAGCCAUAACCCUAACACUAUCUGUAACCCUAACCUAACCCUAACUCUAACCCUAGGCCUAAGUCUAACCCUAACACUAGCCUUAGCCAUAAAUCUAACCCCAAACCUAACCCUAACCCUAUUCAGAAUCCAAAACCAUAACUCUAGACAUAAUCCUACCCCUAAACCUAGCCCUAAUCUUAGCCCUACCCCUAACAUAGCCCUACCCUAACUCUAACCAUAGCCCUAGCCUUAAUUAUAUCCCUAAACCUAACCCUAGCCCUAACUAUAUUCCUAGCCCUAGCGCUAACCCUAAUGGUAACCCUAAUCCUAACCCUAAACCUAA